AUGAUGUUCUCGUUCCUUCUAUGCUUUGUUGAACUAGGGAGAUCUGAACAGCUUUCAACAUGGCCGGGAGGUGCUGGUGCUCCGACCAAGAUUGUCUGUGUGGUUACAGCUGAUGAUCUUAGAUACGAUGAAGAAUAUGCAGACAUAAUAAGACAAGAAGGUGGACAAUUCGUUUACUUGGUGAAUGUUGUGAUUCCGAGACAACGUCUAGUUUUCUUGGAGUAUGCGGAUGUGGAUGGCUCAUCAAAAGCUAGAUCGUGGAUGAACGGAAGAGAAUAUGGAGGAUGAAACCAAGUGGUGGCGGUGUAUUACCCUGAAAGCAAGUAUGUGCAAGGAGACUAUGAAGAGUGAGCUAUCUGUUAACAGUCUUCUUAAUCUUUACUUUGGAUCUCUUAGGCUCUUAGCAA